CGCCCGCCUCACGCCGUUGCCUGGCAGCUGCCCCGCUCCGAGCCCUGCAGCGCCGAGAGAGACCAGACCCGGCCCGACCCCAGCCCCAGCCCCAGCCCCAGCCUCGGGCGAUGGAAGCCGAGGACUCGCAGGGAGCAGCUCACGCCGAAACCGUGGAACAGCUCCGGGAGGAGCUGCGGAAAGCAAAGGAUGACCACAAAAUGGCCAUAGGUGCCAUCUCUUCCUUGCAAAGACAGAUGGAGAUCCAAGAAUCUGAGCUUAGGAAAAUCAGAUCUGAAAAGGAAUUGCUCCAGAAGCAGCUCAGAUUGAGAGAAGUCAAGCUCCAAGCUGUGUCUAACAGGUUGUACAGACUGACAGAAAGACAGAGGCAGGAAGAAGCGGUGAUGAUGAUGGAGGAAAGGAACUACACCCUUCAAGAGAUUGUUACAGAACAGGAAGUCCGGCUGGCUGAGCAAGACAACAUCAUCCAUGAGUUAGAGAGGACAAACAGCCAGUUGCAGGCUGAGGUUGUGACCACCCGCCGCCAAUUCCUGGAGCAGAAACAGGCCCAGAGAGAGACCCAGAGCAAGUGUGAGGCACUGCAGCAGACGGAGCUGCAAACCAGAGUGGCACUGGAGCUCAUCAGCAGCAAGUUUGAAAGGUAUAGAAACAAAAUAAUCCAGGCUACGUUCAGCGUGGAGGGCAGCCAGGACCCCCAGGGCGAGCUCACGGAUGAUGACGUGCUGGAGGCAAUGCAGAAAAUCUUCAACGAGCGGACAGAGUUCCAGCAGCUGCUGAAGAACAAGAGCAGCAGGACGUCACUGCUCAGCAGCGACAGCAGCACAGCAUCACCAGCAAGGAGAAGGAAAUCCUCCAGGAUGGAAAAGCUCUGAUGGCUGAGCCAGAACCCAUCACCAGCUCAGACUCUGGGCUCUCAGCUCGGAGCUGGUGCCUUACAAGAAAUUAAACUCAUUUUACUGACACCAAGUUCUGUGGGAGUAUCUGAUUCAAUUGUUUCAGCCAACUCAGAGCACAAGUCACUGGAAGUCCUUGUUCUGUAGUAACACUUGACUUCCCAGAGAAGCCUGAAGCACAAGAAUGGCUUGGCUAUUUUUGCCUUGGGAAGUUUGUAAGUGACCUGACUGAAUGUCCCCCAAUGCCAAAAUGAGGGACAGUGCCAGGGCUGCAAAAGCUGUUUUAUUUUUCCAUUGCAUGUGCUAGACCCAACAUGGGGAUGUCUCUGACAUAGCAGCAGUUCAGUUAGAGCUCUGAGAUAUCACUUUUACCAGAAGAGAGUCAGUCUGGGGGUCACCCUGGCUUAGGGAGAGGUGUGAGUUUACACCAGUGCUCACCCACACAUAUAGGUCACCCAGAGACUGCCAAACAAGAACUGCUUCAACCACCUGUAUUUUGGAAGGCAAAAAUACAUGGGUGGGACAGAAAGCUCCAGGAGGGUCACUCUGGGCAUCAGUGCCUGUACUCUGGGGGGACAGGGAGUCCAGCAGUGUCAGUUGGAGGCAGCUCUGAAUGGACCUGAACCUCCUCAGCAAGAACAAAGCCAGUGCUCAACCACAGUAACUCUCUGGGCACACACAAGGUCACCACAAUUCCCAC